UCCGGCCGCGUGCGAUCCGCUUCCGGGUCAGGCUGAACCUCUUGCUCUUGGAGUGUGUGACUGGUGGCCGUGCCGCGCUGUCCGCGUUCUCUCUUCCCGGUGUGACCAAGCAGCAGUGCCCACUGGCGAAGAGUACCCGCUGCCUGGAGAAGAGAAGGACGAGGAGGGGACUUGGGAGAGGGCUGUGGCCGGGCUGGGCCGCUCUGGGUUGGGCCGGCGACUCUGCUCCUUCGUUUGCUGCUGUCUCUGGGAGCCGGGUGCCAGCACUGAGGCGUCUUAAGUGGACAGCGACCCCCUUCCCCGGCUCCCCUGCCCGCCCUGCCGGGGAGGGCGGAAGAUGCCGGUGAAGAAGAAGAGGAAAUCCUCUGGGGUGGCAGCUGCAGUAGCGGAAGACGGAAGCCUCAAAAAGUGUAAAAUCUCCAGCUAUUGCAGAUCCCAACCCCCUGCUAGACUAAUAAGUGGAGAGGAACAUUUUUCAAGCAAGAAGUGCCUGGCUUGGUUUUAUGAGUAUGCAGGUCCUGAUGAAGUUGUAGGGCCAGAAGGAAUGGAAAAAUUUUGUGAAGACAUUGGUGUUGAACCUGAAAAUAUUAUUAUGUUAGUUUUAGCGUGGAAAUUGGAGGCUGAAAGCAUGGGAUUUUUUACCAAGGAAGAAUGGUUAAAGGGGAUGACUUCAUUACAAUGUGACUGCACAGAAAAGUUACAGAACAAAUUUGACUUUCUGCGCUCACAGUUGAAUGACAUUUCUUCAUUUAAGAAUAUCUACAGAUAUGCCUUUGAUUUUGCAAGGGACAAAGAUCAGAGAAGCCUUGAUAUUGAUACUGCUAAGUCUAUGUUAGCUCUUCUGCUUGGGAGGACAUGGCCACUGUUUUCAGUAUUUUACCAGUACCUGGAGCAAUCAAAGUAUCGUGUUAUGAACAAAGAUCAGUGGUACAAUGUAUUAGAAUUCAGCAGAACUGUCCACGCCGAUCUUAGUAACUAUGAUGAAGAUGGUGCUUGGCCUGUUCUUCUUGAUGAAUUUGUUGAGUGGCAGAAAGUUCGUCAAACGUCAUAGCAAGAACUGUUGUGAAGAAAAUGCAAACCUUUUGAUCCCCACGCAUGUACAAGCUAAUGAAAUUGUGAAGAAAAUGCAAACCUUUUGAUCUCCACGUGUGAACAAGCUAAUGAGAUGAGGAAAAAAAAAUCUAAAGGGUGCAUUUUUAUUCAUAUGAAAGACUUCUCAUAGUACUUUUUUUUUCCUUUUUUUUAAAGGAAGUUUUCUUGUUACAUGUGAUGGGUAUUGAGCCACACCUCUUCUGAGACUGAAUAUUGAAGUUUUUGUUUUGAGUUAUGUUUAUAACAUUUAUUUCAGAACAAUAAAGAUUCAGAUUUGUGACAAAGGCCUUAAAGUAAAGAUGUCCCUUGAGUGUCAGAGUGGUAUUUAUUUUUGGAAAUUUUAAUUCUUGUUUUUUAGAGUUCAGUUAUACCAGGAAUUUAAGGAAUUUUUAAGAUUUUAAACAGUUUUAGUAUUUGGCAGUGUAGUCUGUGGAUGUUGUAGCUCAUUAUAUUCAUCUCUGCACAAUUAGAAAGAAUAUUUAUUGACCUUGACUUCUGUGGUAGUGAUUUUCUGAUGCAGCAAAUAAAAUACAUUUCUGGGUAUUGAAAGUACUCCAACUUUCAGCUGUGGUUUUCUGUGAAAGCUGCCAAAAUGUUGUGCACAUACUUUAUCUGAAAAGUUUAGAAUUGCAAAGAUUAUAUCUGGUUAUUUUGUUUUCAAACUAUUAAAUAUUAUUGUCAGUAAGCAUAAAUCAGCAUCGCAUGUAUAUUCUUAAUGUGAAUUUAAGUUUUUCUGUAUUCUAUCAGUUAAAAAUAUUCCAUUUAUAUUUGAAAGAACAAGGUUCAUGUAUUAAUGGUCUCAAAAUCAGAAAAUCAGACAGCCUUAUGAGAGAGUCAGGACCAGGACUGAAGCUAUACCAUCAUCAUUGUUGUUGUUGUUAGUGGCAAACGUAAUGAUCUUUUAACUGUCAUUUUGUGAAAAGGGGAGUUUUGCUGAGGACCAUCCCCUCUUUUGGUCAUAGGAGAACUUUGAUGUUGUGGAUUUAGUUAAGAUAUGUAUAUCUUAAGAUAAUAUAUAUGUAUAUAAUAUAGGAGAAGAAAAUAAUAGAGUAAGGACUCAUGGGAGAACUUUGGGUGUAACUAUGCACAACUCAGGGGUGCCAUUUACAUUGAUACAGUUAGGUUGCUGAUUAUCACAAUUUUUCCACUAUUGGCAAUAAAGUAGAAGACAGGACAGCGUUUUUUUUCUAAUUCAUGUAGAAGGCAUCUUUGGAAUAGCAGCAGGGCUGUUUGUGCAUUCCGUUUCAAUGGAAGGUUUUUCAAACAUUCCAAUAUCCCAGUGAUAUGAAAACCCUGUUCACAUUUACAGUCAAGUCACAACCACAGUAACAUUCCUAGUUUCAUUGUAUGAAUGGAGCAAAGUAAAUAGAUUACUUUUCCAUAAUAAAGGCAUUUUACUGGGAUUUAAAGUAAAGGCUGAUUUUUGAUGUGGAAUCUAUUUAAUGAGUGAUUACAGAUUCGUUAAGGGAGAAUAGCAUUUUAAAGGUGUUUAUAUGGGGUUUUUUUUGUUUGUUUUUUUAAUGAGCUGAGAGAAAAUUUUGCUGUUUUACAUUGCCUUCUUAAGGAAAUCAUUUUAUCCAACUUUGUAAAACAUUGAUAUAUUAGUGGAGAGGAGUUUUUCCCUUAAAUGUCUGAUAGAUAAGGAUAAUUUUCCUGGAAUACUCCUCCCAAGUUUUAGAAGUACUGAGCAUACCAACAGUGUUGACUUAACAUUAUGAAUGAUGUUUUAAUGUUAAAUUUAUUAUAAGUAUGGUCAAACCUUGAACAUCUUGGGUUUGAACUAUGUGGAUCUGCUCAUAGAUCUUUUUCAGUAAAUAUGGAGUUGAGCUUCUAUAUCCGUGGGUAGGAGGCUGUAUCCAUGGAUACAGAACCUGUGGAUAGGAGUGCCAACUGUGGGACUUGAACAUUUGCAGGUUUUGGUAUACUCGAGGGCUCCUGGACCCAAUUGCCUUUGUAUACUGAGGGAUGACUGUAGAGCAUUUAGAUUUUUAAACAUUAGAAUCUGAACUUCUGAACUUGAAGAAUAUUGCCCAUUUUUAUUUAAUUCCAAAACAUGCAAUUUAAAUGAAAUAGUACAAAUUGUCAAUUUAUAGCCUAACUAAAUGGUAUUGUCUUUGUCAUCUUUACUAUUUAAGUGGAAUAAGCAACCUAAGAACUUACAGAUGACCUUUAAAAAAAUAAAAUACAUGAAACUCUUCACUUUGCUUCCUUAAAGCCAACAGCCCAAUUAUACCCAAGCCACACUUGCUUUAUUUACUCUUAUUCCUUCUAGUUCUCUUACCUUCUUGAAGUCAUAACAUUUACUUGUUUCGGAAGCAUACUUUGCCUCAUUCAGCUUCAGGUGUGGGCUUGUUCCUUCUCGUCCUUCCUUUCUUAAUUUGUAUUUAAUUUAUUGGGAAAGUUACGAUCAAGAGGUUACGUGGUAAAAGCAAAGAAGAUAGUGUUAAGGAGCCUGCAGUAUGAGUAAGAAGUCUUUUAACUUUUGGGCCUCCUCUUUGAACUAAUUAGCUUUAAGUGCCUUCCCAGGAAUCCUGUUGUUAAAAUUUUCAGAAUUAUUUCUCUUGUAUGGGAUGAAAUACUCAGUGGUGCCUUUUAAUUGUAAGUGACUUCCUUCUUACAGAAUAACAUACAAAUGUAAUAUAUUUGGAAGAGAAUAGAGCCAGAUGUUGAUUCUCAGCUGUCAGAGGAUGAAGUUGUCCCCCAACCCCUCAGAGCCAGUAGUUUUGAACAAGACAUAGUAUCUUUAGAAAAUUGCCAGGGAUUCAAGUAAUUUACUUGAAUGGGAGGUUUUUUUUAAAUGGUGUAUUGUGUGCUGAUCUGACCCUGUGUUGCCAUGUGUACCUUUAUUGACUAAUUUUUCUUAUUUUUCAAAUAUUUCCAGUAAAAUUUUUGACAUAUACAUUAUUGACAGUAACAGUAUUUUUAUGUAAAAGGUAUCAGUUUUGUUGAUUUAAGUUUUUUUCUGAAAUAGUCUAGUGUUUCUUAAACGGGAACUUAAGGGCCUUUAAUGGGAGUGUUAGAUUGACCCUGAGGAGCACUUCUGUCAAGUACAAAUGCCUUUUCAUCUACUGAACCAAAAAUUUGUCUUUUAACAAUAUUAGUGCUAUCACUUUGUGUGUGUAGAAUAUCAAGAUAGAGUUUUUAAGACAUACAAGCUAAUACAGACUAUUAGCAAUGAAAUGUUUUACUUUGAACUGAGUAUCUCUUCAACAGAAUGUCUUUUCUCCCUAAUUGCUAACAUAAAAUUAUGAAACCCUUUAUCAAAAUAUAUUAUGUGCUCAGCUUAAGAAACAAAUAGUAAGUGUACUGAAUUUCUUUUAAACUGCUUUCUUGAAGUGUACUUAAAACUUAUGAUAAUUCAUAAUCUGAUAAAGUUUAGUUUGGACUUUCAAGGCUCCUGUAGCCUUGGUAGUUUGUAGCUCAUCUCUCAUAUGCUUUACCAAAUGUCUAAGAGUAUCAAAUGAUUGGGGACAUUUUAAUUCAUAAUUGAAAUGCAUUUCUUUGUUAAACUAAGAGAAAAGGCUAAUUAAUCUAAAUCAUGGGGAAAGAAGAAUUCUCAUUCUUAAUAGAGGAAUUCCCUAUUCUUGAGAUAGUAUUACUUCUUGAGUAAUACUGGGAAUCAUUACAGGGAAACAUUUCAAAGAAAAAUUUAUUUACUCUUCUGGAGGAAAAAGAAAUAACAGCAGAAUAGCAUUCAUUUCCUCCUGAAAGGCUAGUCUGAAUUAUUAAAUACUCUGGAACAUAUAAUUUUUAAGAGUAUAGUUUUAUUACUUUCAUAAACAUUUGCUAACAGAGACAAACAAAUUGCUUAAGACUUGGUUUGUUUUGUUGACAAACCUAGUUACCUGUUAAGUAGUACUGCAGAAGCCCCAAAAAACAGUCUUAUCUUUUACAGUGAAAUUUAUAAAGGUUAUAGAUCAUGAAAGAUGAAUUCCUGCCCUAAGCCUUAGGUGAAUUAUCUCUGAUUCACUAUUUAAUUGUAGAGACUUUUCUAGUGAAUUUUACUUCACUGGAGCAGAUCUUUAGAUCUUUUAAAGCUUUUCGCAAAUACUAGUCUUAAUAAGACAAUGCAUUUGCUGUAUCUACCUUACAGUCUUUUGUAUCCUGUGUAGAUAGUGCUCCUUUGCUUCUUUCCUAGACCAGUUGUUGUUGGCUUUAUCAUUUUAUUUAUUUAUUUAUUUAUUUAUUACUCAAUGAAUUUAUUACAUUUAUAGUUGUACAAUGAUCAUGAUCAUUUUAUUUUGUGUGCUUUGUAACUUAUUAGAAUCUUUUAUAAUAUGGCUCAUUUUUGCAUGGGUUCCGGUUUACCAUUCUUUAAAAUAUAUCUGGUAAAAAGCUUAGGCUUUAACAUGGCUAUGGAUUCUUACCUUACAGUGCCAAUUUUCUUGGAGCUUUGUUGUAUUUAUUUCAUCUAUCUAUAGCUCAUAAAUGGAGGACUUACAUUAAAAAUUUCUUAGUUUUCCCUCAAAUUGAAGAAAUACUGUCCUGCAAUUUUGGUUUUCUCAGACUUAAAGUAUUAAUGAAAAGUUGUACCUA